AAAAUCAGAGUCUCUGCCCUCACUUUGAGAAGGUUCUGUCCCUGGAGCCUGGACUGAGAGACUCCACAUCAGCUUGGCUUGUCCCGCCUACUGUUCUGACUUCUAAUUGGCCGGACGGAGUUCACUGACUGCCCUGAUUGGUCCAUCAUCCUGGGGCAGUGACAUCACAGAAUAUUUUCUCCUCCUCCAGCCAUACUUUGUCGCCAACUGCUGCCGCCGUUGCCGCCGUUGCUGUGUCUCUGAGGUCAGACUGCUCCUGGUGCCAUGAAUGGAGACAACGCCUUUGCAAAGAGACCCAGGGAUAAUGCUAAAACAUCAAAGAAGAGAAGCAAGGCCUUCGAUGAUAUUGCCAAAUACUUCUCUAAGAAAGAGUGGGAAAAGAUGAAAUACUCGGAGAAAAUCAGCCAUGUGUACAUGAAGAGAAACUAUGAGACCAUGACUAAACUAGGUUUCAAUGUCACCCUCCCACCUUUCAUGCAUAAUAAACAGGCCACAGACUUCCAGGGGAAUGAUUCUGAUAAUGACCGUAACCGCGGGAAUCAGGUUGAACGUCCUCAGGUGCCUUUUGGCAAGCUCCAGAGAAUCAUCCCGAAGAUCAUACCCAAGAAGCCAGCAGAGGAAGGAAAUGAUUCAAAGGGAGUGCCAGAAGCAUCUGGCCCACAGAACGAUGGGAAACAGCCUUGCCCCCCGGGAAAACCAAGUACCUCUGAGAAGAUUAACAAGAGAUCUGGACCCAAAAGGCGGAAAAAUGUCUGGACCCACAGACUGCGUGAGAGAAAGCAGCCGGUGAUUUAUGAAGAGAUCAGCGACCCUGAGGAAGAUGAAGAGUAACUCCCCUCGGGGAUAUGACACAUGCCCGUGAUGAGAAGCAGACCUUGGUGACCUUUCACGAACAUGGGCAUGGCGGCAGACCCCUUGUCAUCAGCUGUAUAGCAAGUGAAAGCGAGUGUUCACAACAGUGAAAAGUUGAGCGUCAUUUUUCUUAGUGUUCCAAGACUUCGAUGUUAGCGUUUCCAUUGUAUUUUCUUGCAGUGUGCCAUUCUGUUAGAUAUUAGCAUUUUCAUUGCUGAGCAAGACAUAUUAAAUGCAUAUUUCAGUUUGUGUAUCCAUGCACCUAUCUCAGAAAGUGAGUAUUGUCAGGUAUUGUCUGCAUAGAACAGCACUACCCUCCUCUCUCCCCAGAUAUGACUACUGAGGGCAGUUCUGAGUGUUUAAUUUCAGAUUUUUUCCUCUGCAUUUACACAUCACACACACGCACAUACACACACAUGCACACACACCAAGUACCAGUAAAAGUAUCUCCCAUCUGCUUUUCCCAUUGCCAUGCAUCCCGGUCAAGCCCCCCUCACUGUGUUUCCUGUUCAGCAUGUACUUCCCUCAUCCGAUUUUCCUGUAUCAGUUGCUGACAGUUAAUAAACAUUUGCAAACGUUC